AUGCGCGCCUCUUAUUCUGCUGGUAUUCGCCGCUCCCCCUCUCCUGCACAAGAGUCACAACGUUCUCCCAACCAUAUGGGCUCCAGCCCAUUUCGCUAUUCCCACGGAAACAAGAUGGGCCAUCCAGGUGAUGGACUCAUGCGUGUUUCUCAGUCGUCUGAUUCGUCUCGAACCUUAGGAGUCAACCCUAGUAGCCAGGGGACCUUGCCGCGUAACAACCUUCGUCCCAGUUCGGAAAUGCUUCCGGUGGGUCAACAAGGUACCCCUGAAACCGAAGUGAUUGACAAGUGGUUUGAGGAUCUGCAAAACUACGAGGCUACUCUGGAAGAGAUGGCAGCUGCCUCUCUCGAUCAGAACUUCAAAGAAGAAUUGAGCGCGAUUGAGCAAUGGUUCCGCGUUCUUAGUGAGGCCGAGAGAACUGCCGCUCUGUACAGUCUCCUCCAGGAGUCGACUCAAGUGCAGAUACGUUUCUUCAUCACUGUUUUGCAGCAGAUGGCACGCAACGACCCGGUCGGGGCCUUCAUCUCCCCUAAUCCUACAAACAAUGCCUUGGGUGAUCAAUUAGAGGCAAAGAUGGCGCAGCUUGGAAUCAAGUCCCCGUCUGCUAUGAAGUCGCCCUCGGCUAAUACACGUGGUUUCCAGCGGCAGAGCACGGGCUUUUUGUCUCCGAACGCUGCGUCACUGUAUGGCUCUGGUAGCCCUGAUGUUUCAGCCGCAUUGGCUGCUCAGCAAAACAGGUUGAAGGCCAACCGAACUUCUGCCCCUGGAACCCUGCCUAUGGAUGCGAUGACAUAUGCUGGAAAUGCCAAAAUGGAAAAUACACAUGAUAAAGCCUCUAACACAGCCACACCCCGUAAUCGGCCGCGCUCCACUGACUUGUCGCGCUCUCCUCGAGGAAGUGGUGCAUUAGAUGAAACCCUAUCGCCCAUGAGUGUGGGAGGUAGUUGGGCAAGUAUGGUCAACACGCCAAUCAUGUCGAUGUUGGAUAACAACCGGUCGGAACAGCUCGGUGGAGAUACGGCUGCGAAACUAGAGGCAACGACGGCGCAACUUGCCCAGCUGCAGCAAAUGUCAAGUCAUGUGGAUGGAGAUCGCGUUGGACGAGGCAGUGGGCUUGGAGCCAUGUAUGACCAGAACUGGAAUUCGGGUGCAAAUGGCCUCCCUCAAAACGCUGCCAAUAUGGGAGCUAGCCCACAGUUUAACAGUUUCAAUAUCCCCACAAUGAGUCCAAACACAUUGGCUGGUCUGCAGAGUCCCUCUGGUGGCAUGUCUAACCCUAGCAAUCUUCAAAUGAUGAAUGCUAUGGCAGCUAUGGGAGGUCUAAACAACAUGAACUCGACGCAACUUCUGGCUCUUCAACAGCAGAUCUUACAGCAACAGCAACAGCAGCAGCAGCACUUGCAAGGUCUUGGUCAGCAAGGUCGAGUGCCUUCGAGGACAAAUCAGCGCGGCACAGCCAGUGCAGUGGGUACAGGUGCUGCGCGCGGUACCGCACAGCAAAGUGGCAGUGCUGUAGGGUCACCAUCGUCAGCUGGGUCCUCUUUGCCUGCUCAGCAAAAUCCUGAAGAGGAGGUGGCUGAUAUCAGUAUUUUGAACGAUGUACCCUCAUGGCUGAGACAUCUGCGCCUACACAAGUACACGCCCAACUUUGAAGGUUCGAACUGGCGUGAGAUGGUGCUUAUGGAUGAGCAGGCUCUUGAAGAAAAGGGCGUCGCUGCACUUGGUGCACGGCGCAAAAUGUUAAAGACAUUUGAAGCCGUUCGUCAAAAAUACGGUAUUGAGACACCCCCAAGCAGAAGUGGUGUUAGUGUGGGAUCGGAUGAGAAGAAUCCGGCCCCGGAGGCCGGCACGGAGCAAUCUUGA